AUGCAGAAGCCUCCGCAGUCUACAGAUUUCGCUUUAAAGGAGACCUCGCCCAACAUUGGGGCGGGGUCGAUCACAGGUGACAAGCUCUCUUGCACCUAUGAUCUUGUUGAACAGAUGCAAUACCUUUAUGUUCGGGUGGUAAAAGCCAAGGAUUUACCUGGAAAAGAUGUAAGUGGUAGUUGUGAUCCUUAUGUUGAAGUGAAACUUGGUAACUACAAGGGAGUCACUAGGCAUUUCGAGAAGAAGUCUAACCCUGUAUGGAAUCAAGUAUUUGCUUUCUCCAAAGAUCGAAUUCAAGCUUCCAUUUUGGAAGCUGUGGUAAAAGACAAGGAUGUUGUGGUUGAUGAUUUCAUGGGGAGGGUUAUAUUUGAACUAAAUGACAUACCGAAACGCAUUCCACCUGACAGCCCUUUGGCACCACAAUGGUAUAGGCUGGAUGAUCGAAAAGGUGUUAGGGUAAAGGGAGAGCUGAUGUUGGCAGUUUGGAUGGGAACUCAAGCUGAUGAAGCAUUUCCUGAUGCUUGGCAUUCAGAUGCUGCAACAGUUGGGCCAGAAGGUGUGAAUAACAUUCGAUCAAAGGUGUACCUCUCCCCUAAGCUUUGGUAUGUAAGAGUUAAUGUAAUUGAAGCUCAGGAUUUGUUGCCUACUGACAAGAGUAGGUACCCCGAAGUUUUUGUGAAGGUUGUCUAUGGGAAUCAGGCAUUGAGGACUAGAAUAUCACAGAGUAAAAGUAUCAAUCCUAUGUGGAAUGAGGAUUUGAUGUUUGUUGCUGCUGAACCAUUUGAAGAGCCUUUGUUUUUGACUGUGGAAGAUAGAGUGGGAUCAGGCAAAGAUGAAGUCUUGGGGAAGUGUGUCAUUGCUUUACAGAAUGUGCAGCGGAGGUUAGACCAUAAACCUGUUAACACAAGGUGGUUUAAUCUAGAGAAGCAUGCAAUUGUAGAUGGGGAACAGAAGAAAGAGAUUAAGUUUGCUAGCAGGAUUCAUUUAAGGGUUUGUUUGGAUGGCGGGUAUCAUGUUCUGGAUGAGUCGACACACUACAGUAGUGACCUUAGGCCUACAGCAAAGCAGUUGUGGAAACCAAGCAUUGGGAUUUUGGAGCUCGGGGUUAUAAGUGCAGUGGGACUGAUGCCAAUGAAGGCGAAAGAUAGCCAAGGAACCACAGAUGCUUAUUGUGUAGCUAAAUAUGGGCAGAAAUGGGUUCGAACAAGGACUAUUGUGGAUAAUUUUACUCCCAAGUGGAAUGAGCAGUACACAUGGGAGGUCUUCGACCCGUGUACUGUCAUUUCAAUUGGGGUUUUUGACAAUGGUCAUAUACAUGGGGGUGAUAAAGGGGGAAAGGAUUCAAGAAUUGGGAAGGUAAGGAUACGGCUAUCUACACUUGAAGCUGACAGGGUUUACACACAUUCCUAUCCUCUUCUUGUCCUGCAUCCUUCCGGCGUGAAGAAAAUGGGCGAAAUUCAACUGGCAGUGAGGUUUACAUGCUCGUCUUUGGUUAAUAUGUUGCACAUGUAUUCACAUCCUUUGUUGCCAAAAAUGCACUACAUUCAUCCAUUGUCUGUAAUUCAGCUAGAUAGCUUGAGGCAUCAGGCUAUGCAGAUCGUCUCAAUGAGGCUCAAUCGGGCUGAACCACCACUGAGGAAAGAGGUGGUGGAGUAUAUGCUAGAUGUUGAUUCGCAUAUGUGGAGCAUGAGAAGAAGCAAGGCCAACUUUUUCAGAAUAAUGGGAGUUUUAAGUGGGGUGAUUGCAGUAGGAAAAUGGCUCGAUCAAAUCUGCAACUGGAAGAAUCCUCUUACAACCAUUUUGAUUCAUGUCCUUUUCAUCAUAUUGGUUCUUUAUCCGGAACUAAUUCUUCCCACUAUUUUUCUUUACCUGUUCCUGAUCGGCAUUUGGAACUUCAGAUGGAGGCCAAGACACCCUCCUCACAUGGACACCAGGCUAUCUCAUGCUGAUGCUGCUCAUCCUGAUGAACGUGAUGAAGAGUUUGACACAUUCCCAACUUCACGGCCAUCAGACAUUGUUCGAAUGAGGUAUGAUCGACUGAGAAGUAUAGCAGGGAGGGUUCAGACUGUUGUUGGUGAUAUGGCAACUCAAGGCGAAAGAUUUCAGUCUCUUCUGAGUUGGAGAGACCCAAGAGCAACCACUUUGUUUGUUACUUUCUGUCUGAUUGCUGCCAUUGUUCUCUAUGUGACGCCAUUCCAAGUUGUGAGUCUUCUAACAGGAAUUUAUGUGUUGAGGCAUCCCAGGUUCCGCCACAAGCUUCCUUCAGCACCACUCAACUUCUUUAGAAGGUUGCCUGCAAGAUCAGACAGUAUGCUAUAAGUAAUUCAGCACAACUAGCUUUCAUCACUUGUCAUCAUAAGUGAUUAUUUCAUUAGUCUGCCUGAACUCAUUUAUGUUCUUAUGUUUUAAGUUAUGUUUAUUGUAAUCAAGAUGUGUUGUUGUAUUCGUAGGAUUCAGUUUGAACAUAUCCAAUGCAGAACUAGAAUUUGGGGUGUCACUG